UCCUGUCAUUUCCUUUGCUGAAAUUGUGCAAGAGCAGUUUUAGGAGCAUUCCUGUCCAGACAGGAUCACGACUGCCCAGGUCAGGAACAGUCUCUGCUACCACCAUGGCUUGCACUGGUGCUCGUACCAUCGAUAUGCCUGCCCUCGGGCGUCCUUUCCAGCUGGGGAUGCUGUACGACUGCCGCAGCAACACUUUCAUUCCAGGUAUCACUUUAUGGGACAGCAAGACCCUGAAGAGAAACACGGAGACAAUGCCCAAGCACUCCACUACUAAUCAUAUCACCACAUCUGACACCAUGGCAGACAAGGCCUCUGCCCUGAGUCUGUCAGGCUCCCUGAAGGCCAGUGUCCUGGCGGGGCUGGUGGAACUAGGGGGGUCUGCAGCAUUUUUUAACGAUACCAAGAAAUCAAAACAUCACGCCCGAGUGACUCUCCAGUACUCAAUGACAGACAGGUAUGAGCACCUGACUAUGAGCCAGCUGGGGCCUGAGAGCAUCUCUUAUCCUGCUGUAUUUGGGGAUCACACAGCCACCCAUGUGGUCACAGCUGUGCUGUACGGGGCCCAGGCUUUCUUUGUGUUUGAUCGGGAGGUUUCCUCAUCUGAGAACAUGUGGGAGAUAGAAGGGAAAAUGAAAUUGUUGGUGGAAGAGAUACCAAAGGUCCCAGGAGGGGAAGAGACAUCUGGGAGAUUUCAAAAGAAACAAGAAAGUAACAAAAAUUUGUAUUGCACAUUUUAUGGUGAUUUUUGUCUGAAAAAGAACCCACUUAGUUACCAGGAUGCCAUGCAAGUUUAUGCCAAGCUCCCUGACCUGCUCAGAAGUGAUGAAAAACAGACUGUACCAGUGAGGGUCUGGCUGUGCCCACUGAGCAUGCUGGAUCCCAGAGCAGCUCAGCUGGUGCGCGAGAUCAGUUCAGUGCUGAUUACAGAUGCCGAGAGAGCCCUGGAGCACCUGGCUGAGUGCGACGUGCGAUGCAGUGACAUGGAGAGAGUCAGAGCAGCUACAACCUUUCCUGACAUCCAGAGGAAGCUCCAGGAAUUUAGGAAUUUGUGCAAACAAUGCAGACAGACGUUCCAGGAAGAGCUCGCAAGCACCUUGCCUGCCAUCCAUGGAGGACAGGAGGAGGAAGGGGCCUUGGUAAAGAUUUUAACUAGCAUGGAGCAGUCACCAUUCAGCACCAACCAACUCAGCAAAUUCCUGGAGAAGAAACAAGAGGAGAUUAAUUUUAUCCAUUCCUACCUUGCUGUGCUGAAGGGAGUGCGUGUCGUUUCCUCCCAGAGUGAACUCCAGGAAGCCGUGCUCAGCCCCAGCCAUCGCUUUGUUGUGUCUCUUACUCUCACUUCCUUGCACAGGGAGAAAGCCUAUUUUUCAGCAUUAAACCUCUGGCUGCGGAGACCAUUUAUGGAGAAAACUUCUGGUGUGGUAUCAGGCAGCUUGCCUGGUAAGAACCCCAAAAGCAAACAGUGGUUUGAGGAUAAAGAGAUCAGAAGAAAAGCACAGCAAGCGGUGAAGUCCUUCUCUGACUUUGUUUGUGUGAACAAAUUGAAUAGGGCUGUCCUGUUCCUUGUGGCGUCUGUCCCAGACGAGGACAACCCAGGAGCUUCCAUUUACCUGUAUGAGGAUGGGGAGCUGGUCUGCACCAACUUUGAGCUUCCAGCAAAGCCUCUUCCUCCCCUGAUUACUGGAAUCAGCCAUGACCGUGUGCAGCUCACUUUGAAGCCAGCUCCCUUUGGAGAGACUGCGAUCACCGGCUAUAGGGUGGAGUACAGGAGAGUGGUGGCGUCGUGCUACACGACCAGGAACGUAAAUAGCAAACAAGAGACAUUCCCAGUAGAAGGGCUGUGGGCAAACACUAGGUACCAGUUCCGAUAUGCUGCAGUGACCAAACUAGGGCUCAGUGUGAGCAGUGAGGAGAGUGACGCUGUGAAGACACUCCCAACCAGCCCCCCUGGGAAACCUGCAGCAGCUACUGUGGGAUCAAGUGCCAUCGCCCUGAGCUGGGAGGCACCCGCUGUCAUUGGAGAGGGAGUCACUAUCAAGGAGUACAGGGUGCAGUAUAGGGACGAAGUUGGAGGUGAAAACCCUGUGGAGAAAGACGAAUGGUUGGAGCAGCGAACAGGACAGAAAGCCGAGCUGUGUAAGACCGAUGGGCUGAAGCCACAGAUGCUCUACAGGGUCCGAGUCUCAGCCGUGUGCGCGGAUGGGGCUCUGAGCGCCCCCAGCGAGGACUUGUGCAUUUCUACAUUACCGGUUUGGGCAAACCUCCCUGUUACCUCCAUGGCUGAUGUUGAGAAAGAAGCCAUUGAGAUGCCGACUCUGGGGCGUCCGUUCCAGCUGGGGAUGCUGUACGACUGCCGCACUGACACCCCCCUGCCAGAUGUUACAUUACUGGACCCCGAGGCCCUUCACAAGGACGUGGAUAUUGGGGAGCAGUGUGAGACAGAAUGGCAGGUCCUUGUGUCUGACACCAUUGAAGACAAAGCCUCCAUGCUCCGUAUGGGCCCGGCAUUGCAGACCAGCUUCCUGUGCGGUUUGGUUGAGGUGAAAGGAUCUGCCGCAUAUCUAAAUGACACCACGAGGUCCCCGCGCCAGGCCCGAGUCACUCUCCGACACCAAACAAGCACGAGGCUGGAGCGCCUGACUAUGAGCCAUUUAGGGCUCCAGCAGGUCCCUUACCCGGCUGUAGUGGACCAAGGCAAAGCGACCCACAUUGCAGCAGGACAAGAUGGAGAAGUCGCAGUGGAUGGCAGAGAGAAAGAAGAGGCUCAGCAUAUCCGUUGCACUUACUACGGUGACUUUGCUCUCAAGGACAAUCCAGCGACUUACCAAGAUGCCACGAGAGUGUGUGCCACCCUCCCAAAGCUGGUGGGGGACGGUGGGGAGAAGGCCGUCCCGCUGAGCGUCUGGCUGUACCCGCUGAGCAGGGCCGAUGCUCGAGGCGCUGCGGUGGUCCGUGAGAUCAGUGCAAGGCUCACGGCUAAGGCCCAGGCUGUCCUGGAGCAGCUGAACGACUGCGACAGGCGGUGCAGGGACAUGAUGAGGGACAGCACGGCCCUGCGCUUCCCUGCAAUCCAGGGGAAACUGCAGCAGUGCCAGGCGCUGUGCACUCGGUACAGACAGGCCUUCCACAAACAGCUGGCCGCAAUCGUCCCUGCCAUCCGUGCAGGAGGAGCAGAGGAAGGGGGUCUGGAGGAGGUUUUAAUGAGCAUUGAACAAUCACCAGUCAGUCCUCAGCACCUCCGGGACUUUCUGGAUCUAAGAAUGAGAGAAAUGAAACUUGUGAACAUGUACCUCCCUUUGCUAGAUGGGGUGGAGGUGAUUUCUUCAGAGGAGGAUCUAAGGGACAUCGUAUUCAACCCCAUGAUUACAUAUGUUGUCUCCUUUACUUUUACUUCUUUACAUCAAGAGGAGCCAUUUCUAUCAGGUUUACAUGCCUGGCUUCACACCGUGGAUGAGAAGAAAACCUGGGAUCCAGCCUCAGCCUCUCCUGCCUGUGAGAAAUCAAACUGCAGGCCGUGGUUUGAGCACGACAUUGCAAAGCGCAGAGCACGGGUCUCUGCACGUUUCUUCUCAGACUUUGCACGUGUUAAUAAAUGUAGCGGGAAGACUCGGUUCCUUGUGACCUCAGUCUCAGACGAGGACAACCCAGGAGCUUCCAUUUACCUGUAUGAGGAUGGGGAGCUGGUCAGCACCAACUUUGAGCCUCCAGGAAAGCCUCUUCCUCCCCUGAUUGCUGGAAUCAGCCAUGACCGUGUGCAGCUCACAUUGAAGCCAGCAACCCGGGGAGAGGCUGCAAUAACCGGCUAUCGGGUGGAGUACAAAAGAGUGGGGCAGGAGGACUGGACAGCUGUGAGUGUGUAUAGCAAACAAGAGACAUUUCCAGUAUCACAGCUGUGUGCAAACACUGAGUACCAGUUCCAGUAUGCUGCCAUCAGCAAACCGGGGCUCAGCGUGAGCAGUGUUGUGAGUGAUGCUGUCAGGAUGCUCCCAACCAGCCCACCUGGGAGGCCUGUAGCAGUUUAUGUGGAUUCAUCUGCCAUUUCCCUGAGCUGGGAGGCACCAGGUUUCGUUGCAGAGGGAGUCAGUAUAAAGGAGUACAGGGUGGAGUAUAGGGAGGAAGCUGGAGGAGAAAGUCCUGAGCAGAAAGACAAAUGGCUGGAGCGAAGGACGGGAAGGAAAGCAGAGUGCUGUGACAUCGAUGGGCUGAGCCCAGGGACGCCCUACAGACUCCGAGUGUCGGCUGUGUGUGCAGGUGGGACCAUGAGCAACGUCAGUGAAGAGGCCACCAUCUCCACUGCAAAGGCAGGAGCAAUAACUUCAUCUACGUAGGGUCACGGGAAAGUGUUGCUGGGCGGGACCUCAUGCACAGUUCUGUGGUGAUGGGUGUGACAGCUGAAAUUAUGUCUGAGUGAUAAUGGUGCUUGCUUCAGGCUCUAUGAAGAUUAGACCAAGUGUUUUUUUUUGUAUUUGUUUAGAUAUUAAGCUAUAUGCUGUUGCUAAAAGCCUAAUUAAAGUUUAAGAUGUAGUGAGGCCUUGUAUAAAGUAAGGCCUAGUAAAUUUAGCAAAGCCUUGUAGUAAGGCCCCGUGGCACAGUUAAAAUGACCUUAUCAAAGGAAUGCAAGGCUUGUACUGCUAUUGGUCAGUCUAAGGACAGUUGAAGUAAAAGGAAUGUGAGUGGUUGUUUGUUAUCAGAACUGUUCAGAAGCUGUAAAUUAGCUGGAAUAUCUGGAAACCAUUCAGAAGGAAGAUACAGUUCUGUGAAAAGGAUUAGUUAGCUGCCGCCUGGAUCACUGGGCCCGUGGACCUCGAGGAGCCCAAGGACUGA